AUGGAUGACUGGCUCCUGAUUGAUUUCCUACUGGAGGAUGAACUGCAAAUUAGCAUCAACGAAUUAGAUAAGGUGCAGCGCAAAUGGUUGGCUGAGGAUGGCUUGUUUUCGGUGAACGGUAAUGAAUCAAUAAGCACCAAGAACCAACGUCGCAAGAAGAGGCCAAAAUCAAAGGGGAAACAGAGUAAAUCAGCAGUCUACGAAGAUAUAGAUGACUCGUUGGAGGACCUUAUCAGCCUUAUAGUCAAAGAUGAACGCUUCGAACUGCAUGUAGAAGCUUCUUCAGUUCAGGAAUUUGACACUGAGAUGAAAGGCGCUAACAAGAAGAAGAAGCAAAUCACGAACAAAAAGAAGAGCAAGCAUACACCAUCUAGAAUGGAUCAAGACCGUCUGACUUAUGAGUCGAUCGCAAGAGAUGAGUCAUUUCUUUUCAACUUCUCAAUGGAAGAAUUAGCACCCGAACCACGGCCCAAACCUGAUGUAAAGAAGGGCACCAAGACAAAAGGCAAAAAGGGCCCUACAAAAGGGCCCAAAACGGCAUCGAAGCUUGAAAUUAAUCAUCGGCAUGUUGACGGAGAAGUUGGGGCUAAAACAGAGUCCGAAAGCGUAUCUACUAAGGUAAAAGUCAAACAAUCCAAGAAAUCAGUCAAGUCGGAGUCCCCUGAGCAUGUGGAUAAAUCUUCUCGCCAUCGAGCACGGAAUCAUGGUGAUUCAAAAACUCCUCAAGCUUCAUCGAACGAAACUGGGAAGAAAACAAAAUUUAAAGCGUCAAGUUCUAAAGAUCAUCACUCGCCUGCCGAAGAGAAGCGAGCGCCCAAAAGGCUUUCGUCUAAAAAUAAGAAAAAGAAAGAUCUGAAUGAUUGA